AUGGCACUUGAUUCAUCUCUCAACAACUACUCCUCCACCUCUCAACGAAAACAUCGUCGUUCAACUUCCUCACUGAUUGAUAGGAUUCAGGAUCAAGGGACUACUAGCUCAACCAAACCAGAAAGCCAUUCAUCCAAGAAAGUUAAGCUUAAAAAAACUGACCAACCAACAGAAGAACAGACCACCAACAAGACUCAAGAAGAAGCACACAAGCACUCAGACUCAGACUCAGACUCAGACCCAGACUCGGAGGAUUCAAAUUCUGAUUCAAGAACAGGACAGGAUACCAUGCAGAUCGAUGCCAAGCCUUCUGAACUUGAUUCCGAUGCCGGCUGGACGACCGUCAAGAAUCAGAAGAGAAGCAAUCAGACUCAUCUCACAGUCAACGAGAGCCAACUGUCAAAAUCUAAAUUGAAGAAACAAGAAAAAUUAAACCAGAAACAGCUGGCUAAUCCCGCCGAAUUUCAUUUUGAUACUCGUGGUUUUCGACAUGGAAGAAUGAUUCAACUAAAGGAUGUUCGAGAUUUGGUCCUGAGCAUCAUGGCUGAUGAACGGAAUCAGGAAUGGAUGCUAGUCAAAAACAAAAGUAGUGUGAAAAGGAUGGUAGUCCUGAUGAUACCAGGGAUCAGCCAUGACCUACUAGGGAUCUCCAAGCCCGACCAAUCGUCAAUCAUGCCCUUCCCACUUGCCAGCAAGAACUCUCAACUCCCAAUCCUCCAAUCCUUAUUUAGUCACGCCUGUCCAACCAAGGCUGGAGGCGAUCGUCUCAGAAUGUUUAGCUGCUUUAACGUCUUCUUGACUUGUCCUCUAUCUGCAAUGGCUAAAGUCAAACGUGAUGAGGAUCGAAAGAAAAGUUCCAGGGAUGCAGUCUCGAUGGACCCAACUACGCACUUACUUUCUACCGAACACAUGAUUGAUCAAGAUUACCCUUCACUGCAUUAUCAGCCCCCACUUUCGACGCUAGACCGACGCCAAGCGAGAGCCAAACACCCCCUUCCGGCAGUCUCGGCGCCAUCAGCAUCGCUGCCUCCAUUCGAAGCAUGGCUAACGCACCCUCAACCGGGCUACGUCCAAACGCCCAUCUACCCGGAUCCAUCUCUUGGACGACCGCUGAAGAUUCUCGGAGUCGAUUGUGAGAUGUGUGUGACGGCCGCGGGGAGCGAAUUGACUCGAGUGACAAUCGUCGAUGCGGAUGAGAAAUUGGUGUAUGAUCAGUUGGUCUUGCCCGACCAACCGAUCACCGAUUAUCUGACCCGGUUUAGUGGGAUCACUGAGGAACGUUUGCAAGGGAUCACGACCCGAUUAAUUGAUGUCCAAAAGAAAUUGUCGGAGCUGAUCGACUUCAAUACCGUCUUGGUCGGACAUUCCUUGGACUGUGAUUUGAAAGCCCUCAAACUGGCGCAUCCAUGGGUGAUCGACACGAGUGUGAUCUAUCAACAUCCGCGCGGAUUGCCGAUGAAACCGUCGUUGAAAUGGCUCGCCUCUAAAUGGCUAGGCCGAGAGAUCCAAUCGAAUGGGCUGCCGAAUGGGGGCCACGAUUCCGAAGAAGACGCCCGGACCGCCGUCCAACUCUUGAAGAAAAAAAUGGAGAAAGGCUUGGGCUUCGGUGAAUUCACGUCGGAUAAUGAGUCUAUCUUCGAGCGAAUGGCUCGCGGUAAUCUGCCGAAACGCUCCGCUCUCGUCGACUUUGGUGGCUCUCCUGCUUCUAACUCCAACUCUAAUCCUUCAUCUAAUGAUAAUCAGAAAGUUCAUAAUCUGGUCAUCAAAAAUAAUUGGAAAAACGUCGAUUCUUUUGCUUUUGGAUCCGAUCAUGAAGUUGCCGACGGAAUCAUUUCAGCUUUGGAUGAUCAUGAUUUUGUUUUUGGCCGUUUCAUGGAACUUUCUCAUUGUCUUGGCUGGUCACAACCCCAUGGGACCAAGAAGGAAGAGCAAGAAAGCGGGAAUAAUAAUAAUGAUGAUGAGAGUUCAUCGACUGGAGAGAAGAAAAAGGAAGAAGAAGAGGGAGAAGCAGAAAGGGAAGAAAGGGUGAAGAAGCUAUGCAAGAGUUUAGAUUCGACGAUCAGCAAGUUAAACGAACGGUUACCGAAAGGGACGUCCUUGAUCAUCAUCAAUGGCCAUUCCGACCCGCGGACGAUGGCCCAACUGAACAUGAAGAAGAACCGCUUCGAACGCUCCUUCAAGAAACAAUCGCUCCCUAACAAUAGUAACCCUCAUCAUCAUCAUCAUCAGAAUAACCUUAGUGGCGUCUCGGCCACCCUCGUUAAUCUCGCUCAACCCACGCCUGUUGAGAGUGGAAUCAAGGAUGGUAAAGAUGGCUCUCUUGCGUCGGAGCCUGAGGGUGGCGAGCUCAGGUGGUCUAGUCAGGACGAAAGAGACCUCGCUGAUGCCGUCGAAAAAUGUAAAAUCGGCAUGUCGUUCUAUCGAAUUAAAUGAUUCUUUCUCUUUUUUUUUUGUCUUGGAUCUUAUUUCCACUUUAUUUUCAAACCAUUUUUUUUUUCCCUUUCUGUGUUUUUAUUUAUUCUUUUUUUUUUUUCUUUCAUUACUUUUCUCAUUUUCGUUCCCCCCAUUUUUUCUGAUUUCAAGAACCGCCGUGUCGUUUUUCCCUAUCCAAUAUGCUUUCUAUCAUUUUUCUUUCCUUAUAUUCAAAUUCUCGUUUCUUCUUCGGAGAUACCCUUACCACAAAGAAAAACCCACAGAUAUAUAUAUAUAUAUACAAACAUCAGUAGAUAAUUUACCCUGACCACGUAAGCAAUUAAG